AUGGAGCCAACUAGCGAUAAUGAACAACCGUUAUUAGGAGCUUCAAGAAGGCGAAAUUACUCUGACUGAAUGGGCGAAAUUUUCACCUCAAUUUCUUCCAAAAAGCUCAGUCAGCUUUUUAUUCCUGGAUCCCAUGAUUCAGGAACUUACAGAACUGCCAUAGUAUUCAGGCUAGCUAGAACAUGAAUUCAAUGUCAAGACAAAAAUUUCCUCGAACAAUUAGAAGCAGGAAUUCGCUACUUAGACUGCAGGAUAAACUGUGGGCCAGAUUUACCGUUUAAGGAUGACAGAUUUUAUUUUGCCCAUGACGUCUGCAUGAAUGAGAUUCCUCUCCAAGAAUUAAUAGACAACGUCAAUACUUUUAUUAAUGCUCACCAAAGAGAAAUCAUUAUACUAGAUAUAAGCCACUUUAAAAAGUUUAAAAAUUAUCGUGAUGACCCUAAAGAUUGGAUUGACUUUUCAGCUUAUUUUGAGCCUUGACUAAAAGAAGGGCUUGUGAUUGAAAAGGAAGAUGCGGAAAAAACUGUUGGCCAGCUGAUAAAUGAAAGGAAAAGAAUUAUGAUAUUGACUAGUAAGCCACAAAUAUUCGGGAAUGGGAGGUUUAAAGAAAGCAUAAAUGCACAUAAAGAAUGGGCUAAUGAAAGAGAUCCUGCAGAGCUGAGAAAUUUUUUAGAAGCAAGAUUGAAUGAAAAAGCUUCUUUUAAUGACCUUUGGCUGCUCCAGUGCCAACUGACUCCGAAAUUUAAAUGAGGAAAGAUGUUUCAUGGGUGUGAAUACCUAGCUGAGAAGCUAAAUGAAAAUAUAAGAGAAUGAUUUUCAACUGAUCUUUUCCUUAGAGCAAAUGUGGUUUUUACAGAUUUUUCAACAGAAAACUGUUUAGUGGAAAUUGCAAUUCAGGAAAAUGCGAGAAGGCAAGUUUAA